AUGCGCUUAAAGCUUAUAAUCCUGAACACAAUUGGAGAAAGAAUGACAAAGAGAGAGACUUUUGAUGAUGACCAGGAAAGUUUAUUGAAGAACGAUAAUAGUGAAACAGGUGAUGACCCUAAGAUUAACUACAGAGGGUGGAAGGUCAUGCCCUUUAUUAUAGGAAAUGAGAUUUUUGAGAAGCUAGGAGCCAUUGGUACUUUAUCCAAUCUAUUAGUCUAUCUAACUACAGUAUUCAACUUGGAAAACAUCACGGCUACAAAUAUUAUCAACAUCUUCAAUGGCAGCACCAACUUUGCUACAUUAAUAGGAGCUUUUCUAUCUGAUGCCUUUUUUGGUCGCUACAAGAUAUUGGCAUUCUGCACAGUGGCUUCCUUUGUGGGUUUGUUUGCAAUCCAACUGACAGCGGCAGUUGAGAAGUUGCAUCCACCUCACUGUGAAGAUUCCACCACAUGCCAAGGGCCAACAGAGGGGCAAAUGACAUUUCUAAAGACUAGUUUAGGAUUAUUGAUGGUAGGAGCUGCAGGGAUUCGACCAUGUAACUUAGCAUUUGGUGCUGAUCAGUUUAAUCCUAACACGGAGUCUGGGAAGAAGGGGAUCAAUAGCUUCUUCAAUUGGUACUUUUUCACUUUCACUGUUGCUCAGAUGAUCUCCUUAACAAUUAUUGUCUAUAUACAGUCAAAUGUAAGUUGGGCAGUGGGUCUGGGAAUUCCUGCAUCUUUGAUGUUUGUAUCUUCUAUAAUCUUCUUCAUGGGGUCCAAAAUGUAUGUGAAAGUUAAACCAAGUGGUAGCCCUAUAACUAGUAUAGUGCAAGUUAUAGUGGUUGCAACAAAGAAAAGGAGGCUGAAGCUCCCGGAAUAUCUAUAUCCUUCCCUCUUCAACUAUGUGACUCCCAAGUCAAUGAAUUCUAAACUUCCCUAUACAUAUCAAUUCAGGUUCCUUGACAAAGCAGCAAUCAUGACUCCCCAAGAUCAAAUAAACCCCAAUGGAUCUGCUACUGAUCCCUGGAAUCUUUGCAGUAUGCAGCAAGUGGAAGAGGUUAAAUGCCUGUUGAGAGUGUUACCCAUAUGGGUUUCAGGCAUUUUGUACUUUAUUGUAAUUGUUCAACAGCACACCAUUUUAGUGUUCCAAGCCCUUUUAUCUGACAGGCGUAUUGGGCAAAGUGAGUUCUUGAUCCCAGGAGCUUCCUACUACGUCUUUCUGAUGAUUACUGUGGCAAUUUGGUUACCCAUCUACGACCGAAAAGUUGUGCCUUUACUCCAAAGGCUCACUGGAAAAGAGGGUGGCAUCACAUUCCUUCAGAGAAUGGGUAUUGGAAUAUUUUUCUCUAUACUUAGCAUGCUAGUAUCUGCUAGGGUUGAACAGCGCCGCAGGACCCUGGCUUUGAUUAAUCCUCUGGGAGUAGUAACAAGAAAAGGUGCAAUCUCAUCAAUGUCAGGUCUGUGGCUGAUUCCUCAGCUGAUAUUAGCAGGAUUGGCAGAAGCAUUUAUGACUGUGGCACAAGUUGAGUUUUACUACAAACAAUUUCCUGAGAACAUGAGAAGCAUUGCAGGUUCUCUUUACUACUGUGGACAUGCAGGGUCAAGUUAUUUGAGUAGUCUGCUUAUUUCAGUUAUUCACCAAGUCACUGCCAAAUCUGAAACUGGGAACUGGUUACCGGAGGAUCUUAACAAGGGAAGAUUGGAUAAGUUCUAUUGCCUCAUUGCUGCUCUAGAAAUUAUUAAUUUAGGUUACUUUGUGUUCUGUGCAAGGUGGUUUAGGUACAAAGGCACGAGCAGCAGUUCUAUUGAACUCGAAAAAGUGACAAAACAAUCGGAAAAAGGUGCUAAUGGUCUUGAUGAUUCGAGUCUAUAG